AUGGUUGAAGAAGAAUGGUAUGAAUCUACUAGAAUGGUUCCAACAAAACACCGAAAAAGAAAACGUAGAAAAGUUCACUUACAUACAUCCCCUUUUAUAAGAUAUUUUAUCAGACAAUCCAUUGAAGGAGGAAGAGUUUCGGCAAAUCGAAAAUCAUUUGAAACGAAUAGAAUGGAUGAUAUUUGUAAUGUAUUAAAGGAGUUUAGUGAAACACGAAGUGAUAAUAUAAUUGAUUUAUUUAAAGAAUAUAGUAAAAGUAAAAAAGAUAACGGUUUGUACGCGUCCGCCAUGUCGGAUUUAGACAGCGAAUAUCCUAAAGCGGAAAGUGGUAGACCGUUUCUACCGGAAGAAAAUAAAGGAUUUGUUAAGCUCUUUAAUGAGCAGCAAUUCAGACCUAGAACGGCUAUUUUAAAAGUCUGGUUUGAAUAUCCUACUAACAUGUUCUUCCAACCGAUACCAGCUAAAGAUAAAAUUACUUUUACGAACAAAGAAGGUAAUAAGGAAACUGGCACUAAAAUCAGGUUCAGAAAUGGUUUCUGUUCAGAAGUUUUAACAUCGGUUGAUAUUCAAGAAAUAGUUAAAGCCGGUGGACGAAUUAUUAGAAUAUUAGAUGGUAUAGUAUACGAAGAAAAUUUUAAAACUCCACCAUAUAAAGAUUAUAUUUUAAUUUUGAGAGAUCUGAGAAAUAAAUAUAAACGAGAAGGUAAUAUCGUAGGUAGUAAUUGCAUGAAAUUAUUAGGUAAUUCAUUGUAUGGUAAAUCUAUUCAGAAGGAUAUAACUACAUCGAGACAUUUAUGGAGUGAAGCAACUUUAAAAGUCAACUUCGAUUCACACGUCAAAAGCUAUCCUAAAGUAAAUGAGACUCAAUAUAUCGUUGAGAAGAAAAAGAAUUUGACUGUAUACCUCCUAAAUCUACACGACUAA